CAGUUUUAGAACGCUUACGUAGCGACACUAUUCUUGACUUUUCCAACGUUCAGUCAUAGUCGACAAGUUGUCGUCGCCAGAUAAUCAAUUGCUUAGUCUAAGUGUAGUCUUAGUCUAAGUCUACGCGUGUGAUUAAAGUGAUUUAUUCAGUGCAAGAUGUCAAAAGUUAAUAAAAUCUCAGGUUUUACGAGGAUUGAUCGAGAAGAUUGCGAAUUUGAAUGGACAAUUGAAAAUAUCAAAUAUACAGAUUUGAAAGAUGGUGAAAGUUUAGAAUCACCGAUAUUCAGUGCCGAAUGCAACAAAAAAUUUUAUUUCCGAAUGAUCGCUGAAACGACACCAGUAGCAUAUAGACGAAAACUAAAUAGGUAUAUAGUUAUAAAUCUAUAUCUAUAUUGCCAAAACAUAGUGAACAAGGUCAGAUGUGACUAUGACCUAUCCGUUAUUGUGGACGGAAAAAAUUGUCAUUCGGGUACUUCAGGUACGACAAUUAUCGAGACAAAUAAUGCUACUAUAGGCGUACUAUUAAUCAGAGGCAAUCACGACGGGCCAAUGUUUCAAUAUGGAAAUAGUACAACUAUCCAAUGCAAAUUAACAUUAUCCUCUGGAAAUUCAACGUCAUUCCUAGAUCCUAAAUUUAUAGUUGAUGACAAUAAACAGCAGAUACAAAAACUGAAAUUUGACUGGAUAUUUCUCAAGGAAAAUUUAAGCGAUGUCAAGCUAAAAACUGCAUGUGGAAAGGAAAUUCCAGCACAUAGGGUCGUGCUCGCUACUGCCAGUCCAGUAUUCAAAGCCAUGUUUACUCAUGAUAUGAAGGAAAAUCAAAACAAAUUGGUGGAAAUGACGGACGUUAGUCAUGAAGUAGCUGUUGAAAUGCUACAUUAUAUUUACACAGGUAGUGUUGCAAACAGCAAGACUUCCUUGACAAUCAACCUUUUGGCAGCCGCUGAAAAGUAUCAACUCGAAGAGCUAAAAAAUAAGUGCGAACAACAAUUGAGCUCUAUCUUAUCUAUCGAAAAUGCUCUAGAAAUGCUUAAAAUUUCUGAUACAUAUAAUGCGGACUAUCUGAAAAAAAGCGCAGUGGAUUUUGUUAAAUUUGGUAUUAACAAACCAUUAGAAUUUGGUGAAAUAAGCAAUAUGAUUCUUGGUAAAGCGAAAAUGGUUUCAAAAUAAUUUCUUGAAUGUACAAUUUUUCAUUCGUUUAUUGUACUUAUAUUUAUGUAUUAUUGACUUAAACCUGAAAGCACAAUACUUAUUGUAGUUCGGAUCAAAAUUAGUGUAUUUCAAGCAUUAUUUACAUUAUUCAAUUUGAUAACGAUUGAAAAGCAAUUUUAAAUCAUAUAUAAACCAGAAACGACUUAUCGUUCCUAAUGACGAUACAAUGUACAUUCCGUAUGUACAUAAAGACUUAUAUUUCAUUCAUAUUGUAAAAUUUUCAUUUGCAUCAAUUGAAAAUAAUAA